UUCUUUAUCGAUAUGUAUCAAACUGACUUGAGUUGAUCGGUGAGAACAGUGCAACGCGAUGUUCCCUUAUCAAAAGCACCUUUGGUCGCCGCUGCAACUUCUGCCUAUCGGUUAUCGCCGCUAUUUCGCAAAUAACAAGAGUCCUAAAAUUGAAACCAUGUGCGAAGCGGCUUCCCCGACGGAUCAGCGGAACGUGGAGGUGAAGGCCCGGAUUCCGGGCGGAGCCGAGGGCUUCAAGGAGCGCCUGAUCCUGGCCAGAACCCUGGGCGGUGGCCGGGACGCGGAGUUGAUUGAGCAGCGGGACGUGUUCUUCAAAUCUCCGCUCGGUGGACGCCUCAAGUUGCGCUACCUACAGGCGCCAUCUCGCUCCCAACUGGUCUUCUACGACCGCCCGGAUGUGGCCGGACCCAAGCUCUCCAAGUUCAACAAGACGGAGGUGGAUGAGCCGGAGGUGCUCGAGAAGAUCCUUCGCCAGUCGAACGGAGUUCUUGGUGUCCUCGCAAAGCGGCGCCAUUUAUUCCUUCACGGACAGACGCGGAUCCACCUGGACGAGGUGCAGGAUCUGGGUCACUUCAUGGAGCUGGAGGUGUGCCUGCGACCGGAACAGAGCCUCGAGGAGGGUCAAGCCAUCGCCGAGAAGCUUUCCAACGAGCUGGGCAUCCAGGAGCAGGACCUCAUAACCGGCUCCUAUUUCGAUGCGCUGCGAAAGGCCAGUCAAUAAACUCUGUAAAUAGAUAAGCUUUAUAUAAUAGGUCCUUACCUUGUGAAAUACAACUCCCAGCUCAUUGUUAAAUGUAUGUAUUAUAAAAAUAAAGUGAUAAUAAAUCAUAUAUAAUCUCUAAAA